AUGGGUUUCUGGGACAAGAACGAGGACAGCUACGAGCAGGUCUACAACAACGACAACUUCGAGGAGAACAAGGCCAGCCUUGGCCAUGAGGUGAUUGCCGGAGGUGCUGCGUUUGCCGGCUUCAAGGCUUUCGAGGAUCACCAGCGCAAGGAGGGCAAGCCCGUCUCCCACGCCUUCGCCAAGGAGCUCGUUGCAGGCUUCGCAGGAGCGGAGAUCGAUCGCCUUGCGGAGACAAAGGGCGAGGACUUCUUUGACCGAGAAAAGGCGAAGCGUCAUGCGAAGCAGCAAGCUGAACAAAUGUAUGACGAGCAUUACGUAGAUGGACAGGGCGCAGAUCAGUACGACCCCAACCAGUACGGCCGCCCCGAGCGAUUUGAACGCCGCGGCUGGUAG